GAGAGAGAGCCAGAGAAAGAGCGAGAGAGAGACAGCCAGAGAGAGAGAGCCAGAGAGAGAGAGAGAGAGAAGGGAAAGGAAGUGGUGAGGAUGCUCUACAGUUGCUGCAGCACUUUGCUCCCCGUCUCAACACAGUCAGUCAGCCCGCCACAGAGUUCACAUCGGAGUAUCAUUGUUUCUGACCUGCAUUCUUCCCUGUCACCAUACGACGAUGCCUGUUAAGGAGCAGUAACCCUGGAAAAUGCAGUUUCGGUAAAGCCCGUUGGAGGUGAAUUACUGCGUCUGGUCGGUCAUCAUUGUGAGGAAAGAAGGAAGUCAACCUCACAGUUGGAGGAAGGACCGCCGAGCUUCCCUCUCAUCGAGUUCUCUCUGUGCAAAGGAUGUCAACCACCGCCUCAGCAGACAGUGUAGGAAGAGGAACCAAACCCUCUAAAGCAUUACAGGAUCAUAAAAAGCCCACAGCGACGGCCCUGAAAGGAGCCAUUCAGCUGGGUAUUGGUUAUGCUGUGGGAAACCUCAGCUCUAAACCAGACAGAGAUGUUCUCAUGCAGGACUUCUCUGUGGUGGAGAGCAUCUUCCUGCCCAGUGAGGGCAGCAACCUGACCCCAGCACAUCACUACCCAGAUUUCCGUCUGAAAACGUACGCGCCGCUGGCCUUUCGCUACUUCAGGGAGCUGUUUGGCAUCAAACCAGACGACUAUCUGUACUCUAUGUGCAAUGAGCCACUGAUCGAGCUGUCCAACCCCGGCGCCAGCAGUUCCUGGUUCUACCUCACCAGCGAUGACGAGUUCAUCAUUAAGACGGUGCAGCACAAAGAGGCCGAGUUCCUGCAGAAGCUGCUUCCUGGUUAUUACAUGAAUCUGAAUCAGAAUCCGAGGACGUUGUUGCCCAAGUUCUACGGCCUUUACUGCAUCCAGUGCAGCGGCGUCACCGUCCGCGUGGUCGUGAUGAACAACGUGCUGCCGCGCGCCAUCAAGAUGCACUACAAGUACGACCUGAAGGGUUCCUCGUACAAACGACGCGCCACGCGCAAAGAGCGCAUCAAGUCCUCGCCCACGUUCAAAGACCUGGACUUCCACGAGAUGCACGAGGGCCUGCACUUCGACCCGGACACCUACAGUGCCCUGAUGAAGACCCUGCAGAGGGACUGCCGGGUCCUCGAGAGCUUUAAGAUCAUGGACUACAGUCUCCUGCUGGGGAUUCACGUUAUAGACCGGAAGCCGCUGGUCAGAGAAAGCCGAUGUGACAGCAGGAGGGGACAGAAAGUCCUCUACUCCACCGCCCUCGAGUCCAUCCAGGGGAACACGAAGGCCCCCGAACCGGUGGCUGAUGACGACACAUUGGGUGGAAUUCCUGCGAAACAUAAAGAUGAGAACCUUCUCAUCUUUUUAGGAAUCAUCGACAUCCUUCAAUCCUACAGGUUCAUCAAGAAGGUGGAACACUCCUGGAAAGCUCUUGUACAUGACGGGGACACGGUGUCGGUUCACAGGCCCAGUUUCUAUGCGGACCGAUUUUUGAAAUUCAUGGGCACGACCGUAUUCAAAAAGAUUCACCAUUUAAGAGGAGCAUCUUCACGGAGGAAGAGGAGUUCCUUCUAUGUCCUAAAGUCCGCCUCUCAGGAGUUUCUGUCCCCGCUGAAGGAAGACAAGAAGGAAGAGAAGAAGGCCCAGAGCAUGGACAACCUGGAUGGGAACUUUUACAGUUCAUCCAAGCAACCAGAUCUCCUUCCCAGAGUUUCUUUCGAGACCAGAAGAAACAAUGAAGAGGACAUUAAAAACAGUGAAGCCCGGCGAGCCUCCAGUUCAACGAUCGCUCUGGAUGAUCCUCAGCCGGCUCCCAGCGGCAGCCUGUCCUACUCUGAACUGGGCGUCUACUUGUGUCACGCAGUCUCACCCAGGCCACCCAGCUGAAGCUGAACAGUCGUUUGUGUCCCAGCGUCCACAUUCUUGAGGGGCCACCUGGACUUCUGACCUUUGACCUCCCAGUCCCACAGUGUCGAGACAUCAGGACCUCACAACAGUGUAAAUGUGACACGAACUACAAGCAGCUUUACCACUGCGACCAUCACCUUGUGCCUCUCUGACUUUCCUUUGUUUUAGUCAAAGUGCAUGGGCCAAAUCACUGGUUCUUGAUUAGAAACUCCCAUUGAUGACAGAUGGGGAUAUAGUCUGAGCUUCUGUGCGUUACGCUGCCGCAGCCACUGUAUUGAUAUGAAACACUAUGAAGCCGUUUCCUCUCUUGUUAUUUGCACUUUGCUGCUAAUUUACCAGUGCUAACAAAGAAAAUUGAGUUUGACCUCUCCUCUUGGAUGUGUGAAUUUUCGUACAAAUGUUCUCAGCGGCUGGAUCCCUGAGGAAAUAGAUUGCCUUGUAACUUAAUCAGCUGUGAAAAAUAAUGCUGUUAUUUUAAAUCCUGGAGCCGAAUUGAGAUCAUUCAGGAGUCAGGAAUCUGAAUGAAAGAUUCUUCUGUCUAGACAUAUGUGUGAGUAAAACAGAGUUUAUAACCUCAAAUUGACUAAUUUUUUAAUCCCAAUUUGCAUCAAACAUUAAAUCAAUAUUUCAAUUGUUAAUUAUUCAUUUGUUCUAUUUUUAAACAUUCCUGUGUCAUUACUCUGGAGAACGUAGACAUCAUCUUCACUGGAAAAAAUUCAAACUAAUGCCUGCUUUAAACAGUUUUGAAUCAUGGAGGUAAAUAAUGACCAUAUUGUACUUUUAUCAACUGUCUUCUUUUUGCCUUCAAAUUAUUGAGAAUCUGCGCUUUUUUAUGUGAUUUAUAGACCCACGACUGUAUUGUAGCAAUACUUUGAAUUUGUAUCUGUGAAAUAAAUAAAUAUUUUAUGAGG